AUGCUUUUAAGACCCCCGCCAAAGAAGGCACUGAAAGCACCAACAAACAGCACUGGCCAAGCCAAUGAAAAGCACAAAAUACACUUUUACAGCCUUAAUUCGUGGAUCGAAACCGCGGAGAGUAUCCGCAAGGCGGCGUGGAGCAAAGCGGAAGAGGCUUACAGUAAGUUGGAUGUUCAUGCUGAUUUGAGUAGGAAUGUUGAGAAAAUUGUUAAAACAAAAGAUGAAAAUGUAAGAGUUCAUAAAGGCCUGAAUGGUCUUCACGGUAAUAUGGGUGAUUUGAAUCAGCAGGUCAGGACAGUGCUUACCGGGGCGGUGAAAAAGGCGGAAGAGGUUUAUAAGGGGUUGGAAGAUAAGGACGAUAAGGUUCAUCCUGUAGGCAAAAAUAUUGAAGCCAUCAACAAAGCUAACAAGGAAAUAGCGAAUGCAAAUAAAACUCUUGGUACGGAAGUUCAGCAUUUAGGUAAGUGGAGGUCUGCGGCCCACAAUGUUAUUGACAAGGCCAACGAGAAGUGUGAGGAGAUACUUAAGAGGGUUAGCACAGAUAAAAAUGUUAAAGAAGCUGUGAUUUAUGAGCAAGCUGAAACAUUAAAAGACAAGGGAACAGAACUUUAUAAUGCCGCGAAGUUGGCUAAGCAGCAAGUUGGCGAAUUGGUCGGUGAGGCCUUGCAGGGUGUUGUGGAAAUGGACGGAGAUCUCAAGAGGGAUUUGAGGACAGUGAGAGAGGAGAUUAAGGAAGGGAUACAAAAGGUGAUUAAAGAUUUGGGAGUUAAUGAUUUGGGUGAGAAAGUGCAGAAUGAUUUGGGGGCGUUGAAGGGGAAGAUGAGUGAUCUUGCCAGGGACGAUAAUGUGAAUAAUCUUGUAAGUAAAGAGUUGCAGGGUCUUUCAACGGCGAAGACACAACUUAUCAAUGUUACCAACCCAAUUAAAACCCACACUGAUCAACUCGAAAGUAAGUUUCAGAGUGCUAUCCAACAUCCGCUUAAAAGCAAAGUCGGUGAAGUUGACUCGGCGAUUGGGGAGCUUGGCGGUGUGUUUAAUGACGUUGGCCGUGCAGGGCCCAAAGACAUUCAAGGUAUUUUCAGACAUAUUAAAGAUAGGGUUGGGGAGAUUAAGGGGGAGGAAGGUGAAUCAGAAAGUUGGUAUCUUAAAGGUGGCAGUGGUCUGCUCGGCAUUGAGAGUGCGAUAAAUCACUAUGCGGGGAAUUUCGAAGGCGACGACAACUUUAAUAAAAGAGUCCAAGGCUGGCUUAACGGUAUUUGGGGGGAGAAGAAGGAUGGUCAGGAGGUAAAUAAGGUUCUACAAGCUUGGCUUCAACAAUGGGUUGAGAGUAAGGGUGUGAAGUGGAAUAGCGUUGGUGGCCGCGGCACGAUUAUGGGCGGUAAAAGCUACAUGGAUAUAUUCCGUGAGAAAAUCAUUGAAAACAUCGGGGAGAAGUUUACUGCAGAAGCACAGACAGCCGGUGGAGUGGUUACGAAAGAAAGAAGUGGCGCUCCGCCCAGCAUCCAAAAGGACGUUGAAGCCGUAAAGAAAGGUUGCGAGGAGUUUGUCAGCAAGCUGGAUGAGAAACUGCAUUCCAGCAGACUUGACUCGCUUGCUUCCGCGAUAGCCGGGAAGGUUCACGGUGAGGUUAAGAGUAAACUGCAAGGAAGCACCACCGAGGAACAUAUAAAGCUUCUCGUAGAAGCAUCCCUUGUUGCCCUUCGCGCAACAGUUAAUCAGGUCGCCGACGAACUGGACUCAGUCCUACUCGCCGACUACAGGAUGGGCGGACAGGACACAGGGAUGCACAUUGCUAAGGCGUUGGAUAAAGCUUUGAGUGUGACUAAAAUGCUUCAAAAUAAGCUUACUAAGGCAACUACUUCCGACCCUGGCAAACCUCUCGUCCCCCCUUCGCCCGGCCAACCUGAAAGCCCCGCCCAAGCCGUGGACAGCAAGUUGCAGGCGGUGAAACAGGAAGUUCAGGGACUUGAAGAGGACUUCAGGGGGAACGUCACAAGAGUGCUUAGAGAUACAGCUGGCUAA